AUGGAAGUAGCAACAACUGAGGAACUGACUCCAGUGAAGUAAGAUAUAAAGAAAGAUAAGUAAUCUGGUCAGCAAGUGCUAAGAUUUUACGGCAAAGAGCCUCCUUUUAAUUAUGGAAUGAUUCCUUAGACUUGGGAAAAUAAUAAGCAUCUUGAUAAGGAUACAUAAUGCUAUGGAGACAACGAUCCUUUAGACAUUGUAGAAUUAGGCAGAAAAGACAUGUAGUCUUGCUCUGUGACAGAUGUUAAAGUCCUUGGAGCAAUAUGCUUAAUUGAUCAAGGGGAACUUGACUGGAAGAUUUUGACAAUGAACGUAGAGGAUUCAAAAUAUCUUAAAAUUAGGAAUAUCGAUGACUUCACGUAGCAGCAUCCAGGUGCUGUCAAAGAAAUCUUUGAAUGGUUUAGAAUGAUCAAGACCUAUGAUGGCAAACCAUAGAAUAGAUUUGGGCAUGAUGAGAAAGUUCUUUCAGUUGAGAAAACCUUAGAAAUCAUUUGUGAUAAUAAUGGAUUCUAUAGAAAACUUGUAGCAGGUAAACUCCCAAAUGAUUCUAAUUUCUGGCUGAAACACCAGGAUGCUCACAAGAUUUGA